GGUCCUAUUAUGAAUGCGUCUCUAUAAGAGCUGCUCCAAAUGGAUGAUACAAAGAUUAUAUAUCACAUAGAUGACGAAGAGACCCCCUAUUUGGUUAAACUUGCUGUAUGUCCGAGCGCCGUUACCUUAGGGGACUUUAAAAACGCUUUAAACCGACCGAAUUACAAGUUUUUCUUCAAAUCAGUUGAUGCUGAUUUUGGAGUCGUGAAAGAAGAAAUAGCGGAUGAUGAUGCAAGGCUACCAUGUUUCAAUGGAAAAGUUAUUUCAUGGCUUGUUUCUGCAGAUAGUAGUACAAAAUCAGAUAACCAUUCAAACGGCGCAGGUGAAAACCACCUUUCCAGUCAAAACAAAAAUUCUACAAACUUCAACAAAACUCCCGACAACAUACACAGUGCCUCGAAAAAUGAAAUCCCCAGUGAACAAGAACAUGCCAUUGGGACAACAGGGCAUGGUCUUGAGGAAUGUGAUACUUGUGUCGAGACAGACUCAGUGUAUAGCGGUGAUCGGGUUCCUCCUUUGAAAAAUUUUCAUAAUUACAAGCAUGGUUCGCGCUUGGCUAAACUUGGUCAAAGAAUCCAAAACUACGAAACAUCUUCAUCCAUGAUGAGUUCAGAUCUGGAAUCUACAAGCUUUUUCGAUUCAGAAGACGAAUCAAGCAGAUUUUCAACAGCAACAGGUACAACUAUGUCUUCGGCUAAAUAUCCAAGACAUAGAAGACAACGAAGACACAGGCGAAUUCUUCCAAUAAGACGUACCAGUGAAGAUGCUACUUCUUUUAGCAGUGUAACCGAUUCCACAAUGUCUCUCAAUAUAAUUACCGUCACUUUGAAUAUGGAUUCAGUGAAUUUUCUUGGAAUCAGUAUUGUUGGUCAGUCCAACAAAGCAGGAGAUGGUGGUAUCUAUGUAGGAUCUAUUAUGCGUGGUGGAGCUGUUGCACAAGAUGGUCGAAUAGAACCUGGAGAUAUGAUACUAGAAGUAAAUAGAAUCAGCUUCGAAGAUAUGAGUAAUGAUGAGGCUGUAAGAGUUUUACGUGAGGAAGUUCAAAAACCUGGUCCUAUCACUUUAGUGGUGGCAAAAUGUUGGGAUCCCAGUCCAAAGAACUACUUCACAAUUCCUCGUCAAGAACCAGUUCGCCCCAUUGAUCCUCGGGCUUGGGUCUUACAUACAAAUGCGAUGACUGGAGCACUUGGAACACCCGGAUUUGAUGGAAAUACACCUUUUUUUGGUUCCGGAUCACCUGCUGCUGGAAUGGCAAUGAUUCCUGGCCAUUUUAUGGGUAUGACUCCAUCCUCUGGAUUGUCCGUACCAUCUAUGCCUCCUGGCAUGCCUCCUUUAAUUUUACCACCUUCAAUGGGUGGAAUCAAUGCAAUACCUUCAUCUAAUAUGACUACUAAAUCAUUACCAGAAGUUGCUGACGGUGAUGGUUUAACUGGUGGGUAUCAUCGCAGUAGAGGUCCAGCAAGUAGUGGUGUUGUUGGUGGGCCAGGAAGUACGAAAACUAACGGUUCUCGAUCAGGAGGUGAGACAACUGUCGAUGCUAAAGGUACUCAGUCACUUCUGUCUGGUGCGAAUGGCAAAUCAUCCACUUCAUUAACUGUAGCUUCUGAUAUGGCUUCUGUAGUUCAUGAUAUGUUGAUGUCUGAUUCUGGUCUAGAAAUACGUGAUCGAACAUGGCUGAAAAUAACUAUCCCAAAUGCUUUUAUUGGCUCUGAAUUAGUUGAUUGGUUAUUCACACAUGUAGAUGGUUUUGCAGAUCGGCGAGAUGCUCGGAGGUAUGCAUCCAACCUACUGCAUUAUGGUUAUAUUUGUCAUACCGUUAAUAAGAGUACAUUUUCCGAACAAUGUUACUAUACUUUUGGAGAUAUAGCCACAACGUUGUCUCAUCUUAAUUUAGACGAAGUAGAUUCAGUUUCUGAAAUCGGUGCUAAUUCUUCAUCUCAUACUGGUACUCAUCCUAUGAUGCCUCAAAUGUAUCCUCACGUCCACCAUGUGCUUCCUGAUGCUCCUGGUGGUGGUUCAGCUACAGGUCUAUCAUCAGUACAAAAUCAAAAUGCUCCAUCUAAUCCUAAUCUAGGUUUAAUGUCAUCUCCUAUACCUGGUGAAGGGAAUUCACUUUCUCAAACCAACGCUCAUUAUCCCUACCCACCUGUACUUUAUCCUAUUCCAUCAACCGCUCCUGUGUCUUCAUCUGGUCCUUGUAAUGUUGAUGCGAAUGGAAAUGAUUGUAGUUUUGUUAACCCAAACUCAUCUGCUCUUUCUGGUCUUAGAAAUAGAAUGUCAAAUAACAGUCAAAUGGGUGUGGAUUCUGCCAUGUAUCCGGUAAAUACCACUACCAUGGCUCCUCAUACACGUUCUGUUAUUCCUAAUCAGACACAUGUUACUACUAUGAAUGCUACAUCAAAUCAAAAGAUACAACAGCAGAAAGUAAACAACUCUUCCUCGUCUAGUUCAUCUCGUUCUUCUGCAUCUUCAACAUCUUCCUCUUCUACCGGUUAUUCUGGUAACAGACGUCCAGCUGGUCUAUCGGCUAAUACUACUACUCAAACACUUAACACCAAUGUUCCUCAAAGUAUGAUCACACCACUAGAUACCUCAGCUUCUAAAGGCCUUCCUUCCUUAAAUAAGGGUAUUCAACGACGCACUGAUCCAUCAAGUGUACAAAGUCUUUCCGUUUCAUCUCAUCCAUGUUUUUGUAUGCCAUUCAUCCGAAAAACUCUUAAUUCAUCAUCGCAUGCUAAUGAUAAUAAUAUUAACAAUGCAUGUAAAAAAUUAGAUACACAACAGAAGCAACAACAAGAAGAACAACAACCAUGUCAAACUAAAAAUGUUGUGCAUGAUCGCCAUUCUGAUCUGCAUGAACUAGAUUCCGCAAAAUACUCAUUAAUAUUGUUAUCCGAUGAGAAUGUCAAUAAUAAUAAUUAUAAGAUAGUUGAUAAUCUAUCAUCAGUUGCCAUUACUAAUUCUACCAUAUCGACUACUCCUACAAAUGGUAAUCGACGUAAUUCAUACUCAGUGAAAUCAUUAAACCAACAAAUAACGAAUAAUGUUAUUGAUAAUGACCGAACAACAACAAUAACCACUACUAGUGAAUGUCACAGUAAUAGUAAAGAAAUAGAUCAUAAUGACAGUGAUAAUAAUAAUCAACUAUUUUUGUUGGCAAAACAUGACAGUAUCAUUAAUAAUGAUUUCAGUACUGAACAUUUAUCAUUCAUGGAAGAUAAAAUACAUGAAUCAGGUUUGAUAUUGUGCAUAUAUAUAAGUACAUUAUUAUAAAUUAUUACUACUAAUUCAGUUCUAUGAUUUGACUAACUUUAGGGUGUAUUUAGUCUGUUUUGUACUAUAGAUAAAUAAUCUCAAAAAAAGGCAAGUAUAAUGUACACUCACUGUAUAAUCACUUUUACUAUCAUUACUAUUAUUAUUAAUAUUGUCUAGUUCUUACAAUAAAUCAAGUAUAUUUCUUGGUUAUUUCUUCACAUAUCAAACACAAUAAUUUUUGGUACAUUAAACUAAUGGUAAUUUACUGCACUUUUCUUUUAACAGCUCAUAGUUUAUGCUAGAAGGCAUCAUCUAUUUGUGUUUUUUUCCUUUACUAAUUGCAACUAUAGUUCCACUUAUGAUAUAUACAUAUAUAUGUUUUUUCUAUGUGUAAUAUGUUUAACAGUUUAAUUCUCCAAUUGGAUACUCCUACGCUUUUAACACGUUUUUGUUUCAUUACUUUCUAUUUUAGGCACAAGCAGUACUAGUUCUGCAAGUCGCCAAAAUGGAACUGGGGCAAGUGCUGCUGGGAGUGGUAGCGGCAGUGCCGUAACUACACAUGUACUCAAAAAAUUUAACACGAAUAAUAAUGGUAAUAAUAAUAAUAACAGUGUAUCUAAUAAAUCCGAAUUUCUUGACAAUGUUCAACGUACACAGCACGGUAUGGAUUUUACCAAUGCAUUUCGUCAAACUAAUUGCAAUUUAGUCAAAGAUUCAAACAAUAAACCAGAACUCAAUCAAUCAUUUAAUCGUACAAUGACAACUGGUGGAAGUAACGUUACCACUGGUGGAAUUCACAAUAAUCAGAGAUGAAGUAGUCUAUGCCGUUCAUUCAUUCAUAUACAUAAACUGACAGAUUACUCUUUCUAUAAAUUGGUAUUUGACUGAUAUUGCGGGUCUCCUACAUGAUGCGGAUGUUUCAUGUAACUAUAAAAAUUACUGCUCUGGUUGUUAGAAGGGAUAUCGACCUAGUGACUUCCAAAGAAUCUUGGUUUUCAUUAUGAGGCGUUAUAAUUCUUCCUUCAUCUCCGUGAACAGGGUUUAAAUGGUUUGAAUUGUAUAUUCUGGUUAGCGUUUUUUUACCAAGAUUGUUUUCUACGGAUGGGAUUACCGACCUCAUGCCCAACCCCUCUCCUUUGUGUGGGCUUGAGACCGUCAAUAACUCUAUAAAUGCUACAGAUGGUGUAAAAACUUAAAUUGAAGUACUCUAAAUUACUGAUUUGAUAUGUUCCAAUAGUUAUGGUUAGUUAUUAAUAUUAUUUAGGCUCCUUUUUGAGUGGUUUACUAUUAUCGUCUUUUGAUGGAAAAGUACUUGUAAGAAAUUAAUUAGUUGAUUUUACAUUUACGUAUCUAUGUAGAUUAUGACAUUCAACAUGUGUUUGAUAUCGAAAUUGGACUGUAAAACAUUUAUUAUAGUACAAUAUAUAAUUUCUUUAUUUUAGUUUGUUCAUUUUGUAGAUAUAGUAUUACAUUAAUUUGCUCUGUAAGAUUUCAGAUUAGUUAAUAUAAUGACUCUUUAGUUUUUCAUCAAAAGGUUUUUUAAAAUUUAAAUUCCAAAUGAUAAGAAAAAUUUGUAAAUCCACGGUAAAUAUGUAGUUUUUUACCACAAAAUGAAUUCGUUUAAUGAUUACUGGGUGUUGAUGAUCGAAUAAUAAAGCUCAAAUGGCCGCAAAGUGUUACUCAGUUCAGAUAUAAGAAAAAAAUCAUUAGAUAUGCCGUACUCUCAUACUCGUAAUUUCUUUGCUCACUUUCAUCACAUUAAUUCAAUAGGACUCUGACCUAGUAUUGAUUGAUCACUGAAUAGUGUAUAAUUUCAUGUUCGUCUAAAGAGGUCAUUACACAGUAAUCAAUUGAUUGCAAAUAUCUCAGUUCUACAUUAGGCAAGUCGUCGCUCAACUAGUUCAGUGAGAACACCUCAGACUGAAGUGGGGUUAAAUAUGGAAUAAGAAUCCACAGGAAGCACCAGUUCGCUAAAGAUUACAGGUACACCAAAUAACACGAAACCUUGAUUUAGGGUUUCGUAUCGACUACUUUCAACCACCCAACCUAUUAUAUACAAACUUCUACUAUUAAUAUCAUUGCUACUACUUAUUAUUGUCAUUAUUAUUAAGAUUAUAAAAUCCAACUUUAUUAUGAAAACUUUAAACAUUUAUAAUUCAGGGUUGUUUUCUUUCUUAUUUAUUGUAGCAAAUUAAAGACCUUCAGUUUGCCGAUUAAUGGCAUAAUCAUUUGUGGAUCUGUUUAAUUUUCUUCUAUCUAAAAAUCCGACAAAGAAUAAAAUGUUACAGUGGAAAAGACAUUCAUCUUAUUAUUUUCAAACGAUUUGCUUUCUUCAGUAAUAUAUAUAUAUAUAUAUAUAUAUAUAUAUAUAUAUAUAUAUAUAUAUAUAUAUAUAUUACGUAACAAGAUGACAAUACAUAUGUAUAUAAAUAUGCAUAUGUCCGUAUGUAUUAUUCUUCACACUUUCACCCGGUCUUUCUUUACAUAAUAUUGUUUUGAGUUGUUUUUGUUUAGUAUCCGAUAUUUUUUCUCUCUUAUUCACUUCUUUAGCAACUUUUCUCAUGUCACAAAUGUAAACUUUAUUUAUUCAUAGUGUGUACACUGACCUAUUCAGCGUAUAUGGAGAGUUGUCUUUGAUCUGUCGUUGAUAUGAAUUUUGUUUUUAAUGGGACUUGUAUACUUUAUGCGAAAUCCAUUCACAAUUCAUACUUUCAAACGAUUAAUUUGCUUUACUAUAUUGUCCAUCUCCCAUCGUUUCUCCAGGUUACACCUUGUUAUAUCAGUCUUAACUACAUAUGGAAAGCGUGUGAUGGAUGGAUUGGAAUCUAUCUUAUUUUAAUUUUCUUUUUAAUCCGAAAAUUAGAGAAAACUCACCGUAUUCAGAUAUUUUUAGUCCUAUGUUGCUUUUUGUUUUUUCUCUGUGGAGAUAUUCGUGGUUAAAUCUAAUGACUAAUAUUUGUUUUAAAGAUAAACAGUUACGUAACAAACUCAUUAUGUGUUAAUCGUAAAAUAGCAUUUUCUUCCUCUCUAAUCACUGAUAUUAUGAACAUAAAAGACAAUUUACUAUGAUAUGAAUCUAUUCGUCUUUUUACUUGAUGUGUGAUAUAAACAUUUGUUUCAUUUCGUAAAGCGCCCCAUCCUCGUUCGUGUAAUCAUGUAUUUUUAUUCUGUUCCCUUUCUUAUUUUUCUCCCUACCCAUGAAUAAUCUAUUUGUCGUUUUUCAUUUCACUCUCCCUAUUUUUUCCUGUAUUUGAAUUUCUAACUUGAGGAAAUAUUGAUUUUAUGCAUAGAGUGUGAUUUUUCGAUCUUAAUUAAUCCAGAGUGUAUUUCGCUAUCGUAAUUUUCAAUCGAAUCUUCCUUUUUUUUCGUUCUAUCAAUGCUGGAAAUGAUUUUAUUUAAUUCUUCUUUGUUUUCUUUUGUUGUUUUAUGAUUUAUUCUUUUUUUAUUGUGAAUUUAUCUAUCUGAGUUUUCUCAAAUAGAUAUUUUGCUCUAUGCAUAUGAUUAAGUAGUUUAAUUCAUCAUAUUUGGUUCUUUCUCAUUUUGUUUUUCAAUCCAUCUUUUAUUAGUUAUAUUCAAAACGUUAAGAUAUUUGUUGUUUUGUCUUUAUCUUACUUACAUUUUUUUGUUUUCCUUUUCACAAAAUAGUUGUCAAUCUAGGGAAUACUCUCUCUUUUCCUCAACUACAAAAAAUAUAUAUUUCUAUGAAAAAAAAAGACGACUUGAAAUAAAUAACCGAGAAUGUCUUUUUUUUUCUAUUAUUAUCAUAGAGAUUAUCAUCGAUAUUGUUGUUAUUAUUAUCAUUGUAGUAAUGAUUAAUUAU